UUAGUCCCUCUCCUCUUCAAACAAAACAUAUCAUCACACCGUCAUCGUCUUCAAUUUACUUCCUCCGUCAAAUCAAAUGAUCCAAAACCCUAAUUUCUCUUUACUUGUCUGAUUAAAUUGGUUUCGAAAAAGGAGGAGGGGAAGAAAGUGAAAGAUAUUACACAGACGAAAGGGGUUAAAGAUGUCUCUUCCGCUACUCGAGUGUAAGUACGUGACGGAGGAGUUUGUUCGUGAAGGUAAGAACGGCAACUAUGGAACCAAGCUGCCCAGCUCUGUCCCGAUGCUUCGUUUCCUCUACGAGCUCUGUUGGAUUUUGGUUCGUGGCGAAUUGCCAAUUCAGAGCUGUAAAUCUGUGUUGGAGUCUGUGGAGUUUUUGGAUAAGCCGCCCAGAGAAGAAUUAGCUUCUUGUUUUGCCGAUGUUGUGACUCAGAUUGCUCAAGACCUUACAAUGUCGGGAGAUCAACGUUCUCGCCUAACCAAACUGGCGAAAUGGCUUGUUGAAUCCCAGACAGUCUCUCAAAGGCUUUUCCAAGAGCGUUGUGAGGAGGAGUUUCUCUGGGAAGCUGAUAUGGUCAAGAUAAAAGCCCAAGACUUGAAGGGGAAAGAGGUGCGAUUAAACACUCGUCUUCUGUACCAGCAGACAAAGUUCAACUUACUCCGGGAAGAAAGUGAGGGAUAUGCCAAAUUGGUCACUCUCUUAUGCCGAGGAUCUGCAAGUUCUUCGCACAAUGCAUCAGCAGCAACGAUGGGAAUUAUCAAGUCAUUAAUUGGGCACUUUGACCUGGAUCCGAACCGUGUUUUUGACAUUGUUUUGGAUUGUUUUGAAAUUGAACAAGAUUACGACACAUUUCUCAAUCUAAUUCCUAUCUUUCCCAAGUCUCAUGCUUCACAAAUUCUUGGAUUUAAAUUUCAAUACUAUCAGAGAUUAGAGGUGAAUAGCCCUGUUCCAGUUGGGCUCUAUAAGCUUACAGCCUUGCUAGUAAAGGAAGACUUUAUCAAUCUUGAAAGCAUAUAUGCACAUCUGCUACCUAAGGACGAGGAAAUUUUUGAGGAUUAUAAUGCUUCCUCUGCAAAGCGAGUGGAAGAGGCCAAUAAAAUUGGAAAGAUUAAUCUCGCUGCUACUGGGAAGGAUCUUAUGGAGGAUGAGAAGCAAGGAGAUGUCACAGUAGAUCUCUUUGCUGCUUUAGACAUGGAAACUGAAGCUGUAACUGAGCGAUUACCAGAGCUAGAAAAUAAUCAGACUCUGGGCCUCUUGAAUGGUUUCCUCUCUGUGGACGACUGGUAUCAUGCCAAUAUCUUGUUCGAGCGUCUUGCCCCUCUUAAUCCGGUGGCUCACAAUCAGAUUUGUAGUGGCUUGUUUAGGCUUAUAGAGAAGUCGAUUACUCAUGCUUAUCGCAUUGCACGUCAGACACGUUUUCAAAAUUCUUCUUCUGGGGUCACAGAAAAAAUCACACACACUGCUAAUACAACAGCUAAUAAGACUUGUCUAGACCUUCCGAAAGAAGUGUUUCAGAUGCUUGUUACUGUUGGACCUUACCUUUAUCGCAAUACACAACUAUUGCAGAAGAUUUGUAGAGUAUUAAGGGUUUACUACUUGUCAGCCUUAGAUCUUGUUCGCGAUGGGUCUUCAAAUCAAGAAGGUAGUGCAUAUGAAGUUUCUCGUGUGCACCUGAAGGAAGUUAGGUUGAGAGUGGAAGAAGCUCUAGGAACAUGCCUUCUACCAUCGUUACAGUUAGUACCUGCAAAUCCAGCAGUUGGCCAUGAGAUUUGGGAAGUGAUGAGUCUCCUUCCAUACGAGGCUCGUUAUCGCUUAUAUGGUGAGUGGGAAAAGGACGAUGAGCAGAAUCCUUUGUUGUUGGCAGCAAGGCAAGUGUCAAAGUUGGAUACUAGAAGAAUUCUGAAACGGCUUGCAAAAGAAAAUUUGAAGCAGUUAGGAAGGAUGGUGGCAAAACUAGCUCAUGCCAAUCCCAUGACAGUGCUUCGAACAAUUGUAAAUCAGAUUGAAGCAUACAGAGAUAUGAUUGCUCCUGUUGUGGAUGCCUUCAAGUAUUUGACGCAGCUUGAGUAUGAUAUCCUGGAAUAUGUCGUGAUUGAGAGACUGGCACAAAGCGGGCGAGAUAAACUAAAAGACGACGGGAUUAAUUUAUCAGACUGGCUUCAAUCUUUGGCAUCAUUUUGGGGUCACCUGUAUGUGUUCUUCUUUAGAAUCAUUACUACAUGCUAUAAAUAGUUUCAGUACGCUUUU